AUGAAAGACUCCCUUGGGGUGCUGUUCAGUUGUGCUCAUUCUUUUGCGGGAGCCGGGCUGGCUCAAUUCCUGCCUACUAACGGGAUGAUAUCCACCAAUGUUUUACUGCAAAAUAUGCUGAGUAUGUUAAUUGUUCUCGCCACACUGAAGCUUGUUUUAUGCUCUAAACCGCAACAAUUGGAUGAACAAAUGGGAUUGGAGGUCAGCGAUGAUGAUGGAGGAAGCGCUCCUCGACGGUUAACACGAAGCAGCAGAAGCAAUAAAAAGCGACGAGCUAGAAGAGCUAAAACAAGAAGAAUGCAAAUACAAAGAAUGCCACAACAACGUGAAGGCGUAGGCGGACCAAUGUCUGACGAGGAGAAACCGCCCGCACCUCCUGCUCCUCGUCUCAACAUUAGAGCACCAGCGGAAACAAAGAUGAGAGCAACGUUCGAUCCUAAUUAUCAGACAUUAGUCGGACUCAGCAACGAUGAUGUUUUCAAAGCCAAAGAUGGCGGGAAACCGUUCGGUGGUGGUGGCGGUGGUGGCGAUGCUGGUGGAGGAGGUGCCUUCGAAAUUCGUCCACCUGCUGAUACGGGAAUGAAAGCAACGUUUGAUCCCAAUUAUCAGACACUGGCAGGACUUAACAACGAUGAAGUGUUCCAACCGAAGGGUGGUGGAGGUGGCGGAGGUAACUUGAAAAUUAGACCACCAACAGAUAAUAGGGGAGGAAAAGUUGCGACAUUUGAUCCGAAUUAUCAGACCCUUGCGGGGCUGAAGAACGAAGACAUCUUCAAACCGAAGAGCACAGGAAAAGGACUAGCUGGAGGCAACCUAAACAUUCGGCCGCCUAAAGACACCAGAGGAAAAAAAGUUGCAACGUUUGAUCCAAAUUACCAGACCCUUGCAGGAUUGAAUAAUGAUGAUGUUUUCAAACGAAAGGAUGAGCAAAAAGGGUCAGGUGAAGGCAAAUUGAACAUCAGACCACCCAAAGGAGGAGGCAAAGUUGCAACAUUUGAUCCUAAUUACCAGACAUUAGCUGGUCUAAACAAUGAUGACGUCUUCAAACGAAAGGAUGAUGAUGACCAGGGCCCAAGAGGUGGAGGAAAUCUAAAAAUUAGACCUCCUAAAGACGCUAGGGGCGGGAAAGUUCCAACAUUUGAUCCGAACUAUCAAACACUUGCUGGAAUGAAGAAUGAAGACGUUUUUAAACCUAAGGAUGGUGGUGGUUACGGUGGUGUUGGCGGCGCCGGGGGUAGAGCUGGAGGUGCGCCGAAAGUUCAGAGACCUGCGCAACAUAAGGUUGUCGCUACGAAUGAUCCAAACUAUCAGACGUUGGCAGCCAUAAAUGCUAAUAUUUUCGGUGAAGAUAAAAAGAAAGCAAGACCAAAAAGUCGAGAUGAAGAUAAAUGGUCAACUUACUAG